UCGACUGCCCAGAGCGAGCAACCAUGGACAUGGAGGUGAAUGGCAACUAGAGCUGCUAGUUUCUCUUCCGACGCGUUCAAACAUCACGGCAUCGUCCGAGACGGAAAACUGAAUGAUGUCUUCGAGCCGCUUCCUGAUGGCAAGAAGUUUCUCUCUGGCCUCCGCGCAGCCCGUUGCCUCACUUCAGGAAAUUGCGUCUUCUAACCCCAAAGGCGUUGCAAAAGUUGUACUGAAAAAGGGAAAGACUCAGUUGUUUAAAGAUGGCAGCCCAAUGGUAUAUAGUGGUGCUGUUGAUCGGAUCAUUGGUAGACCACCCCCAGUAACUGGAGAUGUCGUCCUGGUUGCUGAUGGGAAAGAGAAACCAAUUGGUUGGGGCUUGUACAAUUCAGUUUCAAUGUUUUGUGUUCGACUUAUGCAACUGGAAGACGAAGCCGCACGAGAUCCUUGUUCCGUGCUAGACAUGGACAGACUGCUUGAAACUAGAAUCAAUGAUGCUGUUGAGUUACGAGGGCUUCUCGGGCUUCCUUCAGCCAAGACAAAUGCUUACCGUCUUGUAAACAGUGAAGGAGAUCGGUUGUCUGGCCUCAUAGUUGAUAUUUUUGGUGAUGAAGCAGUGAUUGCUUCCUCUGCAGCUUGGGUUGAAAAGUACAAACAACAAAUAAAGGCUUGCAUAAGCAGACUUAGCAGCAUCCGUCAUAUAACCUGGAGACCAUCUAUUGAAACCCUGAAAGAGGAAGGGUUGGAUCUGUCUGAUUCAGGAGAGGGAUCUGAUUCUCCCAAAAUGGCAAAGGCUAUAGAAAAUGGCAUCUCGUAUUUAGUGUCCUUGGAGGGGCAAAAGACUGGAUUCUACGCUGAUCAGCGUGAAAAUCGCCAGUACAUAUCAUCAAUUUCUGCUGGACGGAAAGUACUUGAUAUUUGCUGCUAUACUGGUGGUUUUGCACUAAAUGCAGCGCAUGGCGGUGCUCGUAGUGUUACUGGUGUUGAUUCAUCUUCUCCUGCUUUGGACAUUGCCAGAGAUAACAUCAUUCUCAACAAUCUUGAUUCUGGAUUAAUAUCGUUUCAUCGACAAGAUGCUACACAUUUUAUGAAGAGUGCAAUCUCAAAGGGUGAUUCAUGGGAUAUAGUUAUUCUGGAUCCACCAAAAUUAGCUCCCAAUAGAAAGGUGUUGCACAGCGCAUCCGGCAUGUAUAGGAACUUAAACUCCUUGGCCAUGCAAGUAACAAGAAGAGGUGGAUUGUUAAUGACCUGCUCCUGUUCUGGUGCUAUGACCCAAAGUGGGACGUUCCUGCGCAUUCUUCAGGGUGCUGCAUCCAUGGCUAGUAGGAAGAUUACUGUAAUACGUGAAGCUGGAGCAGCCGGCGAUCAUCCUAUCGAUCCAUCUUAUCCGGAAGGUAAGUACCUCUCCAAUGUUUUAGUUAGAGUGCUAUGAAGCAAUUCAAUGUGCCAAUUUAUGACAAAAAACAGCUCAUAUUUGGGGUUUGGGGUCAUGGCCCUAAUCAUUUUGUUACUCCAAUUUUUCCUACUAGUUUCUGAAUAUCGGAAGAAGCAAGCAUUUCCCUGCAACAUAUUUGGUUAUAUUUAAAUCAAAAUUAUUUUAUAUUUGGUUUCAACAUCACACAGUAUUAGGAGAUAUUCUUCUCUGUCCAUAUUGGCUGACAUACUCUAAGUUUGAGACUAGGGCGAUUUUUUCACUUUGCACUAACAAUGACCAGCACUUCAUUUAAUGUACUUAUAAUUGUAAAUAUUAUGUCCAUCAGUAAAGAUCAUAAUAUAUGUUUAUUGAUGCGAAAAACAUGUAAUCAUAAAUAUCUUGUAAUAAAAUACAAAAAAAAAAAAAAAAAGAAAA